CGUUUCUCCUCUGACACGCCACAUACCUGUGUGCCGCCGGGUCCAUGUCAUUGGUCCAACAGCCCAUUAGUCUGACGGUCCGCGGUGCUGACCGGCGCCCAGCGGGUGUAUUUCUACACAGUAAAUUCCCCAGUGUUAAAUAUCCAGUGUCAAGGUUCAUGGACUCUGGCAGAGUUACAACAACAACAGAUGGAGUAAUACGCCCUCUAGUGUUGGUGAAAAUUUUCGUAGUUAAAAGAUAUGGUGUUGAAAGUACUCUGGAAGGCUCCGCCCACCUCCUCUUGUCUCAGGAUUUUCAAAGACGCCAUUUUGUAGUUGUCCACGGUCUGCGAUUUGUCCAUUAUUCACUGAGGUCUGAUGAUGAUAUCACCAUGUUGAUUAAAACAAAAAUUGAUAACGAACAGAAAUAUGUCAAGAUCAGUCAACCCAGCCUGGAAGAAUUCUUGAACUCUGCUUUCAUGAAAUUUUCCAUCCCACCUGUGAGUGAAGGCAUCAGAGUUUAUGAUGAGACGGGAACUGAGGUGGAUGCAGAUGUCUUUGAAGAAGUAUUGAAGCACCCCAAUGCUGGUGUAUUCACUAUCACAUUUGACAAUGGUUCCCAGGGAAAAACUUUGUCCAGCUCUUCUCAGGAUACAUCUUCAUCUGCCGGUCCACCACUGCUUGAUGUAAGCAAUUCAGCUCUGGAAAUUUCAGCCUGCAGCUCUGAUGAUACAGUCUUCAUCGAUGAGGAUUACUGCCCUUCCAGAAAACGAUCAAAGUCGGAGAAAGAUGCCAAAUUUUUGGUUGAAUGUGCACUGACAACGAAACCUGGUGGAGACCGCAUACUCAAGGAGUACAGCCGAACUAAAGGUCUGACUGAUUCCUCACGGCGACAGAUGAUUAACAUCCUUGCUGCAGACAUGACUGAAACUCAUGGGACGGCACCACCACGACGUGUGAGAGAGAAGUAUGCUCAAGGCAUAGUGUCCUUGUUCCCAAACCUGAAAGAUCCAUAUUCCAAAAAUGGAUAUGAACAUUUCUAUGAUGCUGAGAGUGGCAGUGGUUACUUGGCAUGGAGACUCAAAACUAUCCAAAGGAAGAGUGCUUCAACAGAGAGGAGAGGGUCAUCACGUCAGCUGACUGGUGGAGGGCCGACAGCCAGAAGAGAAGUCUCAUUCAGUCCCGAGAUGACCCUGAGUGAGGACCAAUGCAGGGAGGCCAUAUCUUUCUUGAAGCAUUCUUCUGAUGAAGCCGCUAUCAAGCAUAAGAUGAAGCUGACAUUCCAGUAUCGUACCAGUAUGGUCCUUGAUGAAGAGAAAUCCACGGACGUCUUGACUGAAUUUCCACGCUUCAAAGACAUCAAAGGCCUGAUUGAGCAAGACUUUGUUCUGCUGUUUGAGAGGGUACAGCUGCCAGGUUUCUGGAGAGGUUAG